AUGUUGAGGUUGAAUAGAAGUAUUUUACCGUAUUUUAGAAAAAUUAGUGUAAAUCAGUUAGUGUUUCAGAGAUGUGUACACGUCGGAGAAAAAGCGUCACCUCUAAUUUACAAAGAUAUUUUUGAUGAUCCUAAUUACCAAAACAGAUUUGUUAAUCCUAGCAUGGAAUUAAAAAAUGUCGAAAAAUUGGACUCGCCAUCUCAAAUCAAAGACUUCAAAAACGAUGUUCUAAUACACAGACUGAUACUUAAUUCAUCCAAAAAUAAAUUAGAAAAUAAUUCAAGUUUAGUUAGGGAAUGUUUCUCAAGGCUGCCGUCACUUAACAAUGUCGAGUUGUUCCUCUGUGCAGAUGCCCUCUACCGAACCAACAAUCAUUUUGAAGGGUUCAUGAAGUUAUUAUGCAAGAUAUUGCCGAACCAGUGGUUGAAUUUCAUCAGGACCAAAGAAGAUUUAAUGCUUUUAAUUUACUUCUUAACAAAAACAAGAUUCUCUUUAAAUUCAUUUUUAACUGAUGAGAUUGAAACGUUCACAAAAUUGAACAUAAAUCAUUUCAACUUCCGAGAAAUUGGCUACAUCUGCCAUUUAUUUUUUUCAAAAAAUGUUCGAAUAAGAAAUUUUGAGACACUUGAAGCCCUAAAAGAGUUCUCCCUUUCAAACAGCAGCUGCCCUGAUUUCAAAUUUUCAGAUUUGAACAACCUAUUGAAGGUUUUGAGACAUGCCAACCACCUGAACAUUCAGUACUUUAAUCAGAUGGCGAACAUCAUCACGAACAAACUUCCUACUGAAAAGUCGACCCUUGUGCACCUAUCCAACAUCAUCUUCACCUAUGCCUCACUGAGGAUCAAACAUGAACACCUAAACCAGGCCAUUUUGAAAGAGUUUUGUAAUCGUCUAACCAACACUCCAGAAAACAAACUGAGACUGAAGGAUAUAAGCCGAAUUGUUUGGUCUUUGUCAGUUUUCUAUGAGAAACCACCUACAAUUUUGUUAUCGAGUCUGUUGAGUUGUUUAAGGUCAGACCCAAAAUUGGCCUUCCAUUAUCCUGAAAUUUUUGUUGAGGCUCUCGUGUCAUUGGUCACUUUGGAGGUGUACCCCAUCGAUUUGUUGAGAAUUGUUCUCUGUCAUGAGUAUGUUGAGUUCAAGAAAGAUUGUAAACUAGAGCAACAAUAUCAACUCUCUUUACUCAAAACUGCCACUAUGAUUUAUCUGGAGUCUCGGAACACUACUACAGCUGUGGAAACUGUUACAGCUGCUGCUUCUACAGCUGAUGCUAGAGCCACUAAUAAAAGUGCCACUGCUUUUACGGUACCUACUUCUUCUACUACAGCUUCUACAACUACUACGGGUGAUGAUGAGGAUCUCAAAUCGUUUAAUAAGGCCCUUGAACAACUUGACCUCCAACAAAAGACUGGACUUUCCGGAAAUUUGACCUAUGAACUUUUAACCAGUAUUUUUAGCCAGUUACUCAAUGAAGUUAAAAACUUUGAGAACAUCAACAACAACAACAUCAACAACAACAACAUCAACAACAACAUCAACAACAACAACAACAACAUCAACAUCAACAACAACAUCAACAACAACAACAACAUCAACAACAUCAACAACAACAUCAACAACAACAUCAACAACCACAACAUCAACAUCAGCAACAACAUCAACAUCAGCAACAACAUCAACAACAUCAACAACAACAACAUCAACAUCAGCAACAACAACAACAUCAACAACAACAUCCACAGCAUUAAAUAUGAAUGCAUGUAUGUGAAGCCUACCAUAACGACAAACAACGCAACGAUACGAAAAAUAGUCAUCAAGUUAAUGGGCGCCAAUCAAUACUUGAAAUCCACGAACAACAAUAAUAACAAUAACAGCAACAACAACAAUAAUAAUAACAUUAAUAAUAGUAAUAAUAAUAGUAGUAAUAAUAAUAAUAACGUGGCUACUCUGCUUGGUCAGCAUAGGAUGGAGAUUGAGCUUCUCAGAAAAUGUGGAUAUGAAGUUUUUGUGGUGAACCCUUCAGUUUGUCAGCAUCUCACGGCGACGCCAGCUAAAGAGAGAUAUUCAGUAGUGGAGGGGAUAUUGAAGGAAUUAAAUGUUAACGUGUCUUAA